AAAAAAAUAAGAUGAAAAUAUAAUAAACAAAAAAAAAAAUUUUUUAGUUACAAUAACCUUAACAGUGAAUUCAAUAACAUUUGAAUUAUUAUAUUUAAUUAAAAUAUUCAACAAAAAAUAAAAUAAUUAUGAAAUUGUUGUCAACUAUUGGCAUAAUUUUUUUAUUUUCAUUAGUUUUUUGUCACACAAUUGAAGAGUUCAGAUGUGGCGAUAGUUUCAAACAAGUCGGCGACCAAAAGUGUUACAAAGAUUUUGCCGACAAACAAGCGGACAACGAUGAAACCGUGACCCUAUGUUCGGGUGCCGAACUAACCAAUCAAUAUCAUCCGACACUGUUGACCAUACGAUCCAAGACACAACAACGCCAGGUGCUCAGCUAUUUGAGCGGCCGGGCGGGUAGGGUAUGGUUGGGCGCCCGACUAAACAACCAAACAGGACGUUUUGAGUGGACAGCUGAUGGUACGCCACUGGUCUACGCCAAUUGGGCACCCAAUAGCCCGACAAAUGGGUCGUCGACUAACGACUGUGUAGUGUUGGACACCAAAACUGGCCACUGGCUGGAUGUUGGCUGUGCUUCAAAGGCACAGGUAGUUUGCGAAAAAACCAUAUUCAUGACUUUUCCGGAGUUGCAGUUAAUGUUUUUCGAGCUCCGGGAGCUACUCGAAUAUAAAAGUCAGCAGCUCAGGGAUGCACUACAGGCCAAGGAUCGCCUAAUCGGACAGUUAGCCAAAUCGAUGGAUGCCGUCAACCAUAAGCUGGAAUCGGUUAGCAACCAGAUCGACGAUUUUAGCGACCAUUUUGCCGGUUAUGUUAACAAAUCGCUGGAUAGGCUUAAGGGCGACAAUCAGGAGCUCAGCGGCGAUAUACUCGACCUGAAAGACAUUACCGACCGUUUAACCGACGGUUUGCUUGCACUGCACGAUGAAUGCAGCGCCGGCUGUGGCGGUGGCGGCGGCGGUGUUACCUCUAAGGACUUGGAAGCCCUGCGAAAGGAACUGCUCGCUAAACUGACCGAAAAGUUUGACCCGUUGUCCGCCAAAGUUGCCGAUUUGGUCGAAGACGUCAAACUGGAAAUCGUGUCCUAUCGUCGGACUUUGCGUAUGAAAAAGGGCGGCAAAUGGCAUGAUUUAGGACAUGUCUGAGUGAGUGGCACCGGGAGGUCCUGCACUAUAGUAUGGUGGGAGGGGAACGGGGGUUUCAAUAUAUAAAAAAGUGU